UCUCUCUCUCGACAUACUUGCUGUUCUUGAAUGGAUCGCGGAAAAGUGUUGGAGUUUCUGCGACAAGUGCCUUUUCUGCAACGGCUUCCAGGUUCUUCUCUCCGUAAGCUUGCCGAGGUCGUCCAGGUGAAGCAAUAUGAAGUUGGUGAAUAUGUUGUUCGUGAGGGGGAAAUUGGAGAUGGUAUUUACUUCAUCUUGGAGGGCCAGGUUGAGAUUUCUGGAUCUGCCAGCAUAGAAGAAGGAAAUCACUCAGACCUCCUGUUGAAACAGUAUGACUACUUUGGCUAUGAAAGUGGUGGUUCCAUUCAACAGGCUACUGUGGUAGCAUUAUCUAAGCUAACCUGCUUGGUGUUGCCAGAUAGUUAUAGCAGUUUGCUGCAACCGAAGUCAAUAUGGUAUGCAGAUGAAUCACCUGGAGGCUUGUCACUUAUGGAGCAUAUAUUGUGCUUAGAGCCAUUGGAAGUGGAUUUAUUUCGAGGGUUUACUUUACCAGAUGCUCCAUCUUUUAGACAAGUUUUUGGAGGACAAUUAAUUGGACAGGCACUAGCAGCAGCAUCUAAGACUGUGGAUUGCCUUAAAUUGGUGCAUAGUUUACAUGCUAUGUUUAUUCUAGCUGGAGAGAAUAAUUCGCCUAUUAUAUAUCUGGUUCAUCGUGUACGUGAUGGGAACAGUUUUGCCACCAGAAGAGUUGAUGCCAAACAAAAUGGAUAUGUCAUAUUCACUUUGUUUGCUUCUUUCCAGAAAGUAGAAGAAGGUUUUGAACAUCAGGAAGUUUUUUUGCCACAUGUACCUGCUCCAGAGAUGCUACUAAAUAUAGAAGAGCUAAGAGAGAGGCGUCUUGCAGAUCCUCAUCUUUCCAUGGAAUACCGAAACAAAAUUGCCAAGAAGAAAUUCAUCCCAUGGCCCAUAGAAAUAAGGUUUUGUGAAGAUUACCACUUCUCAGAACAAUCUCCACCAAGGUUUAGGUAUUGGCUUAAAGUGAAAGGCAAACUUACAGAUGACCCAGCAUUGCAUAGAUGUGUUCUUGCAUAUGCUUCUGAUCUUAUCUUUGGUGGCAUUAGCCUAAAUCCUCAUCGACGGAGGGGCUUGAAGAUAGCAUCUCUCAGUUUGGAUCACUCGAUUUGGUUCCACAGGUCUGUAAGAGCUGAUGAUUGGUUAUUAUUUGUGAUAGAGAGCCCAUCUGCUAGUGGAGGUCGUGGACUCUCCUUUGGUCGUAUGUUUAACAGGAGAGGCGAGCUUAUCAUGUCAUUAACCCAAGAGGGCCUAAUCAGAAAAGCUAAACAACAAAAUGAAGAUCUCAACUCCAAGCUCUAAGGGCCAUUCAAAGUUCCAGUGCAGCAUAUGCUGUGCGGUGCUGAUGCCUAUCCACUAUUCUCCAUCAGCCAUACAUUCCACGCCUAUGUUAGUAAUACUACAUUAAAAUUGUUGGUUGCUUUAGUUUCGCUGCAUAUUUAGGUUUGCUAGCUACACAGAAUGCUUAUUGCUGUAUGAAAGAGGAAAUGGCCGUAUGAUAAUUGCUUAUUUCUCUGACCAUGAAGCAAGUGUAAUAAAUACUUUCCAUCCUAAUAAAUCCAGCUGAAAGAACUUGGAUUUUCCUUG